AUGAGCUUCGGAAAGCUUUACUACUACCCCAAGGCGCCUCGCGCGACACAGUGUCUCUAUAUCGCCGAGUACAACAAACUUGAUAUCGAGUUCGUCGAAGCAUGGCCGAUCAAGGUCGACGCCAGCAAGGGCGGCGUGGGUGAAGACUACCUCUCGAAAUUUCCUCCCGGCAAGGUACCCGCACUUGAGCGACCCAACGGCUUCACGCUGUACGAAUGCAUCCCAGUUUCGAUUUACCUCGCAAAGCAGGACCCGAAUACCAAGCUUCUCGGCACGACCCUCGAAGACGAGGCAACCAUACUGAAAUGGGCAUCUUUCGCCAACAGCGAGCUACUACCCCCCAUCAUGGCAUGGAUCAACCCAGUCAUCGGCAAGGGCCCCUCGUCACCCGAGAUUCUCGCGGCGGCAGAGAAGAACAGCGAAGGCAUGGUCAGCGUGGUGGAGAAGGCGUUGACAGGCAAGAAGUUUCUCGUUGGCGACGAGCUCACGAUAGCGGACUUGUUCGUGAUUGCGGCGAUUGCGAGAGGAUACCAAUUCGUCUUUGCCAAGGAAUGGACGGAGAAGCACCCGGCCAUCCACAACUGGUACUGGCGGAUCAAGAGCGACGACAUUUGGAAGAAGAUUGACGGCGAACCUUACGUGUUGGACGUGGUGGGAGGAAAGCCGGUCUGA